UGGCUGAACGUCUACAUCUACAUGAACUCUACCUCUCGCUUCCCAUCCCUCCACCAUGCCCCUCUAUCAAGGCUCCUGCCACUGCGGGCGCAAUCGAUUCGAAGUGCAGAUUGCCGACCUCCAGCAUGUGCGCGUGUGCGACUGCUCCAUCUGCGCCAAACGCGGCGCCUUGAACGUGAGGGUGGAGGAGAAAGACAUCCGCCUCCUCACCAGCCUGGACGAGCUGACCCUCUACCAAUUCCACACCAUGACGGCCAAGGACUACUUCUGCCCGACCUGCGGCAUCCUGCCCUUUCGCAGACCGCGCACCGCCCCGGAGCUGUGGACGGUGAACGUGCGGUGCUUGGAGGGCGUGGAUCUGGAUGCUUUGCAGAGAGUCAAUGUGUAUGGGAAGCAGUAUCCUUGAAUGAUGGUGAAUUUGUCACGUCUUCGCUACUUGCCGUGCCAUGUGAGCCGCCUGAAUCUACGGAAAGCUUAGAGACCGCGUCAAAAUGCUCCCACCACCCUCGUCAUCUUCACGGGCACGGUGUCCAUGUUGUGCAUGCUCCGGGGGAAACGGCAGAGAUCCCCGUUCAGGCAUCUAUCACCCCUCAUGGUUCCUUCGGUCGCCACGGGAAAGGGACAGUGGUGUCUGCGAGAAGACUAGUUAGCGUACCACUCGCAACAGCAACGACCUAUUGCACACCACUUACCCGUAGAUGCACUGUGGAUCCGU